AUGUUUUUUUUUAUAUCUAUCUAUCUAUCUAUCUAUCUAUCUAUCUAUCUAUCUAUCUAUCUAACUAAAACGAAUCAAUAUCUUUGUUCAUAUCUAUCUAUCUAUCUAUCUAUCUAUCUAUCUAUCUAUCUAUCUAUCUCUCCACUAAUAAUUUGUCUAUCUAUCUAUCUAUCUAUCUAUCUAUCUAUCUAUCUAUCUAUCUAUCUCUAUCCAAUAAAUUUCAUCUAUAUAUCUAUAUCUAUAAAAAGAAUAUCUUUGUUCAUAUCUAUCUAUCUAUCUAUCUAUCUAUCUAAGCUUCUCAUCAUCUCUCUAAGAUAUUUCAUCCAUCUAUCGAUCUAUCUAAGGAAACUCUAUCUAUCUAUCUAUCUAUCUAUCUAUCUAUCUAUCUCUCUCUCUCUCUCUCUCUAUAUAUAUAUAUAUAUAUAUAUAUAUAUAUAUAUGCAUAUCAAAACUCUUCAUCUCUGCCACUCUCUUUAUCUAGACUAUUUUUCUCAAUCUCUCCCUCUCAUUCGAAAACACUAUCUAUCUAUAAAAAUUUCUUUGUUCAUAUCUAUCUACAUACGUAUCGAUCUCAGAAUUUUCAUAUCUAUCUAUCUAUCUAUCUAUCUAUCUAAACUAUAUCUUUAUAUUUCAUCUAUAUAUCUUUGUUCAUAUGCGUCUGUCUGUCUGUCUAUCUAUCUAUGUCUCUUUAUCUCUCUCUAA